AUGCCUGCAUCUGAGACUGCGCAGAAAGAGCUACUUACAUCGCCGCUAAGCUCGGAUGCAGAAACAGAGCCACUUUCGUUUGACGAGUCAGGCUCAGUGAAAGAAGAAGACACUAUGAACACGACAGCGACCAACAACGCCGUGCCCGAAGAGACUACGUCGGUGGCACCACUUACCCAACCGGACACGUUCAGUGCCGACAGCGAUCUGACGGACGACCCAGGCUCGGACGAGGAGACGCGUCAGCCUACCGCGGCAUUUUCAGACGAUGGCUCGUCAUUGUCCGAGGCCAUGGAGGAAGACAUGCCGGAGGCCGACUUGGAACGCAGUGCGCUGGAUGGCCUCGCCGAGUUGGCCUCGUCCACCACAGGCGCGAACGAGGCAUCCACCGCAGUCCCGCCGACCUCGUCGACACUUACGUCGUACGCCUCGCAGGACGAGGACGACGGCGAUGACGAGCGCGAGAAUGACGAUAGCAAGGACGAGAUGGAUACCGAUGCGGAGAAGGACAGUACGCAUGAGCCAGGCGAUGAAACGUUGCAUGCGGCAGCCGCAGCUGUCGUCAGCCACAAGCCUACGUCCCUGUUGCAACGGGCCGUGACCGCUGAGGCGGGGAAGCGGCGCGCUGCUGCCACAGGUGGCGCGCCUAGUCUCAUGAUGGAGCCUGAUAUGGACGAAUCCAAUCCGCCCUCUGCGGCGACCAGUCGGCAAGGCUCGCCAGAUACCGAGGCCGAUACGCCAGACGUGAAGGAGGACAUGGCCCCGGAAGAGACCGCCAAUGAAGAGGAAGAGAAUGUGCCUACGGAGGCAGAGGCAGAGGCAGAGGCGGAGGCAGAGGCAGAGGCAGAGGCGGAGGCGGAGGCGGAGGCGGAGGGAGCUGGUGACGAGGACAAGGACCCUGCGGAGGACGAAGUGCCUGACGCGGAGGAUGCAGAGACCGAGGCGAAGGCACAGGAAAGUGCAGCUGAUACGCCGGCUGGGCCUGCAGAAGCAGAUGAUGCCGAGGCGAUGCAACAGCGUCAGGAUGCGAUGGAGCUGCUCACACGCAUCGAGAUUGGGUACGCAAUGCUUCGUGAGCGGCUGUAUACGGAACGCCUCGAAGAGCUGGAGCAUGAAACGGAAAUGAUUCAGCAAGGCACGCAUCCUGAACUGCGUCUCCUGCAUACCCUGAUUGAUACGCGCAAGGAGCGGCGUUUAGACUUGCUCGACGUAUGGCUUGGUAAGUCUGAGAAACAGCUGGACUUGCUGGGGCGCGUAGAAGACCGUAUUGCGUGGGACAAUUGGCGUGAUCAGACGGCUACGAUUCGUCGUACAAUGAUGACGGACCUGGAUCGGAAGCGCCGUAAGUUGGAUCGGGAGAAACGCCUCAUCGACGCGCCGCCGCCAGCGCGACGUCACCAGCCCUUUGAUGCAGAAGUCGUUCGCAAGCCGCCCUCGUUCUCACGGCGGACGAACCGACGCCCUGGUGAGUAUGCCGCACGGCACAUGUCAGUCCGAGAUGCCCGUGGCUUCCUUGCGUACCCUGACGUACGCGGUCUCGAAGAGUACGAUGUAUGGAUGGAUAUGGAGCAGAUGGGCCUGCGCGCGAUGCCCCCGCCUCCGCCGCCUCCGCCUGGGUACGGCCCACCGGACGAGAUGGCGCACCCACCACCCCCGCCGCCCGAUAUGUACGCACCGCCGUAUGGCAACGGCCCACCUUUGAAUUACUAUGGACCGCCAGGCAUGUAUGUGGACGGUCCUCCCCCGCCAGGGCCACCCCCACCACGCACGUCGCACCGCGCGCCCUACGAGGGCCUGUACAUGGACCCCAUGGACAUGCCCCCGCCGCCGCCCCCGCCGCCGGGUGGCUCGCACGAGUACGACGCCACGUAUGAAAAGUCGAUGUACAGCGCAGCAGCGCCGCCACCCCCACCACCGCCCAUGUCGGGCCGCGCGGCGUAUGCGUCGACAACACCGACGGCCACGGCGCCAGCCUCGUCGACGGCCACGACACGGCCUGAGCCUCGCAUGCCGCCGAUUGUUCAUGCCUAA